UGGGUACUAUAGAAUCUACCUGUAACUUAUAAGGAAAGAAUGAGUAGCCGUACGUACUAUUUAAUUCAUCAAGCUUUAUAAAUGGCAUUGUACAAUACUACAAUUAUUUGGAGUCAAAACAUACGUACGUAGAAUCGCACAUACACGUUUCCAGUAUCCAAAUACUCCGUAUAUUUUACCAUUGCGGUAAACAAAUGUGGUCAAGACUAAAAUACGAAUUCCUGCUAUAAAACGUGUCGGUCUAAACUACUAUAGCUAGCAUGCUAAGUGAGUAUCCAAUAGAUUCCAUUACGAUUCCUGGGAGCUAAGAAGGGAAGUGAGGCUUAAGAAGUAAUCCUCACUACAUGGGAUUGUCAGCCCACCGGUGGGAUGCUCAUACCCAAACUCUUGUUCCGCCCAACUCAACAGAUCUUGGAACAAAGCAUGUGUCAAAUAUUCGAUCGGAACCACGAACCGCCUCCGUGCUUCUCCGACGUACACGGCGAAGUGCCCCUUCGGAACAUCCGCUUCGUCGCUACUCUCGUUGUUCUUCCUCCCCCUCGGAGAUAACGUUCUUCCAAGCUUCUUCUUUGCUUCUGACAUCCCGACUAGUUUUACGAAAACGCAAUGUUGCAAUUAGUAAAGAAUGGAUGAAGUAUUUGAGUAUAUAAUUUCAAUGAUGGAUGUAUAUGUGAGUUUUCCGGAAUGGAGUACGUAGC